AUGUCCCGAUUUUUUGCGGCUGGCUACACGUCCGACACGUCGUCCGAGGAGGAGGACCUCUUGAGCGGCUCCGAGGAGUUGAUGCUGUCGCUGACGGAAGAAUUCUCCACGGACUCUGAGUUCGACAACGACUCAGACGAUCUGGAUCUGGAAGAUGAGGAUUACCUGGGUGCUGGCGUUUCUUAUUUCUUGAAAAAAGACUUUUUGAAGGGCCUGGCUGACAGCGAUCUGGACCUGGACAACGAGGGCCGUAAGGUUGUCAAGAGUGGUAAAGAGAAGCUUUUGGAUGAUAUGAGAGAGAUGGUCGGUUUGAUCUACAACUCCAGAAACCUUGAGAACUGGAGUUCUGUAUUGACUGAAUUCGACAAAUUGGGUAGAACCUUGAUCAGAGCCAACCAGCAAAACAUUGCCGUGCCUAACUUUUACUACAAGAUGUUGGGUGAGUUGGAGGAGACGUUAUCUGAGGCUGCGUCCCAAGACAAGAAGAAGCUUCCUACCGACCAGAAUAGGUCUUUCAACACAAUGAAGCAGAGAGUCAAGAAGGCCGCUAAGGAGUACCAGGUGUACUUGGACUACUACAAAGAGAACCCAACUGCUUUCGAUACCGAGGAGCCUUUGGAUAUCGCCGUGUCUAAUAACGAUUCAGGUGUCGGUGGUGCUGUUGUCGGCUCUAUCUCAGGUACUACCCGUUCAUUGAGCCCUGUGUUCCACACCUUGAAGCAGAUCUCCGAGUCCAGAGGUAAGAAGAACAUCGACAAGGUUGAGCAGGUUGCCGUCUUGGAGAAGUUGUUGCAAGAUGCUUUGCCACAAGGUAAACUCUUUGAAAUCAUCUCCGUCUACCAGAUGUUGCUUUCUGUGAGAUUUGACGCUUCGUCGUCCCAGUCAUACAUGCCUAUCGAGGCCUGGAAACAGAACGAGAAGGACUUUGCCGACUUCUUGCUGCUUUUGGAGAAGCAUGCCGAUGAGUACUGUGUCUCCGAAUUGGGAAUUGCCACCGACGACAUUGACAUUGAGCCUCCUGCCAAUGAGAAGGGUGUCAAGGUGAUCUUGGGUUCCGUCGCUGCUAUUGUGGAGAGAUUGGACGACGAGUUCACCAGAUCCUUGCAGAACACUGACCCUCACUCCAUUGAAUACGUCGACAGAUUGAAGGACGAACCAACGCUCUAUCUGUUGAUCGUUCGUGCUCAGGUUUACGUCGAGUCCACCACCAGCAUUCUGGACCACUUGGCCAGAAUCGUCCUCCGCAGAUUGGACCACAUCUACUUCAAGCCUGACCAAUUGAUUGCUCAGAACGAGAGCGUCGCCUGGGAGUCCACAUGGGAUGCUGCUGGCAUCAAGGAGUCCUUGCUUUACACCAAGGGUAAGUCUCCAUCCGAGGUUGUUGCUGCCUUGACCGAGUUCUUGAGCAAGCAAGACAGCAAGGUUUACAACAAGCAGGCUCUCUUGUGCAAGACCUACUACUACGCCGUUAACAACAGAUAUGCUGACGCCAGAGAGUUGUUCUUGAACUCCCAGAUAUACAACAACAUCAACAGCGCCGACUCCGCUUCUCAGGUGUUGUACAACCGUGCUCUUGUCCAGUUGGGCUUGGGUGCUUUCAAGGCUGGCAAGAUCGAGGAGUCUCACCAAAUCUUGAACGAAAUUGUCAACACACAGAGACUCAAGGAGUUGUUGGGCCAAGGCUACAACUCGAAAUACCCUAGCCAGGUUACCGCGGCGGAGAAGCUGAAGUUGUUGCCAUUCCACAUGCACAUUAACUUGGAGUUGGUUGAGUGCGUUUUCAUGACCCUGUCGAUGUUGAUCGAGAUCCCAGCCUUGGCUGCUUCUGCCACGAGCCCCAAGGACAACAAGAGAAAGGCCAGCAUCAAGUCCUUCAAGAGCAAGUUGGAGUUCCAUGAGAGACAAUACUUCACUGGUCCUCCAGAGAGCAUCAAGGACCACUUGAUCUACGCCUCGCGUUACUUGCAAAAGGGUAACUGGGACAAGGCCUACCAGUUGUUGUCUUCCAUCAAGAUCUGGAGGUUGUUCGCUGACAACGACCUGUUAUUGCUGAUGUUGAAGCACCAGUUGCAGAUCGAAGGUUUGAGAACCUACAUUUUCACCUACAAGUCCAUCUUCACCAAGUUGUCGGUGCAGAAGUUGUCCAAGCAAUUUGACAUUGAGAAGAACGACGUCCAGUCUAUCAUUGAAAAGAUGCUCACGCAAAACGAGAUCCUGGGAUCUUUGGACGAGUCCAAGGAAUUUGUCAACUUCACCACCGACGAGCCUCAGAGAAGCAAGUUGCAGGAGUUGGCCAGCAUCAUGAACGAGAAGCUCGGACUUUUGCUCGACAAGAAUGAGAAGACUGCCUCUAACGGUCACAGCCGUAAGCAGACUACUCAGCAACAACAGCAGCAGCAGAAGGAGCAGAAGGAGCAGAAGGAGACACAACAGGAGGAGAAUAGCAAGUUCCGUCACGCCAACGUGAACACCAACAACGACGAGUUUCAGGUUACAGCCUAA